AUGAGCAAUAAGAUUGUUAAGUUACCCCCUGAGGUUAAUAGAGUAGUUUAUGUUAGAAAUCUACCAUAUAAAAUAUCAGCAGAAGAAUUAUAUGAUGUUUUUGGAACUUAUGGUCCAAUUAGAUAAAUAAGAAAGGGAGUUAGUGGUGAUAAAAAAGGAACAGCAUUUGUAGUUUAUGAAGAUAUUUUUGAUGCAAAGACUGCAGUUGAACAUUUAAAUGGUUUUAAUGUUGCAGGCAGAUAUUUAAUUGUUUUAUAUUAUCAACCUCAUAAAAUCAACAAAAAGACUGAUUUACAAAAGAAAUAAGAAGAAGUUGAUCGUUUAAAAGAAAUAGCAAGCAAAUAAACUUAAUAGUGA